CAUGGGGAGCGCGGCCCGGCGGCGCCGCGGCAGCAGGAGGCGGCGGGACGGCGCCGCUCGCCCGUAGCCCGGCGGGGCAUGCCCGCUCCAAAAUGCCCGCCUGGGGGAUCCUGCCCGUCACGCUGCCCGCCUUCACCAUCACCGGCAUGUGGAUCGUGUACGCCAUGGCGCUCUCCAACAACCACAUCUGCCCCGUGCACAACUGGAAUUACAACCAGUCGUGCGGCGCGGACGGCCCCGGCUCCUGCUGCACGCUGGAUCGCAUCCCCCUGGUCAGCAAGUGCGGCACCCUGCCUCCCGAGAGCUGCUUCUUCAGCCUCAUCUGCAGCGUGGGCUCCUUCAUGGUGAUCCUGGUGGGGCUGCUGCGGUACGCCCACGUCUUGGAGCGCUGCGGGCCCUCGCUGCUCAACACCCUGGGGCUGGCGACCGGCUGGGUCUGCGCCGCCGGCCUCACCAUGGUCGGCAACUUCCAGGUGGAUCACGCCAAGGUGCUGCAUUACAUCGGUGCUGGGGUGGCUUUUCCCACCAGCAUGCUCUUCGUGUUCCUGCAGUCCAUUCUCACCUACCGCAUGGCCAAAACCCGCAGGCAUUACUGGACCGGCCACUUGCGCAGCAUCCUCACUGCCAUGGCCUUCAUCACCCUGGUCUUCAGUGGCGUCUUCUUCAUCCAGGAGAGUUUUGUGCUGCAGCAUGUGGCUGCCCUAUGUGAGUGGAUGUUCAUCAUUGAUGUCCUGGUCUUCUACGGCACCUUCACCUUUGAGUUUGGGGCCAUCUCCACAGACACCUUCCUGGUCCUCCUGAAAGCCAGCCGGGCUCCAAAAAGUUACAAAGCUGAGAGCAGUGUGUCCAGCACAGCCCACAUCCACAGCCACGCGGAGGGCCUGGCAAUGAUCUGACCCUGGUGGGUGGGCCGCAGCCUUGAGGCUGCAGCAGGGACCGGGAGAUCAGACUGUGAGUGAUUCUGCUGCCUCGAAUGGCCCCGAGAGCCCAAUUGCCUCUGGGUGUGUGUGCAUGUGUGCGUGGGUGUGUGCCCUGUCCUCCCCUCCUGGGGUGGGAGCUCUGGAUGUGCCACCCUCCAGCAAGGGCAGCAGCUCCCCCAGGAGUUCUAGGCAGGAGGUGCUGGGGGUGACGGGUGCUGCCAGCCCCGGGCUGUGUGGCUGAGGUGGGGUUCAUCCCUGGAGCCUCUGGGAAUGCCCUUGCUGAGUCUUGGGUGGUCACACAGAGACAACCGUGAAGUGGACCUCUUUCCUAAGGAGGUGCGUUCCAGGGGGCAGGAGGUUCACCCUCCUGCCACCCCACCGCAGAAACCCCAGGUCCUGCGGAGCACCCAGGCCGUGCUCACUGAGGGGGCAGCUGCGCUCCCUCCCUCCUCUCCUGCCGCAGGGUGGCUGCAGUUAGCCUCGCAGCAGGACUUCUAGCCAGCUGCUAGCAGCAAGUCAGCAGAGCUGAAACAAAAGUGCCUUUUCCCUUCCUCGUGAGUCGGUGCUGGUGGCGCCUGCCUGCGCCUGCCGCGGGCAGACAGCUCUUCCUUGCUGGGGCCGUGCCGUCAGGGAGGCUCGCUCUGGCGGUCGCAGGAGCCCGUUGUCGCGGCGGGGGGAUCUCCCCUCCCCAGCGCAGCCGGCCUCGCCUGUAUCGCCGCCGUUCUCGGGCGCUUCAGCCCGCGAGGUGGCACAUUGCGAUCCUGCGUUUCCUACCCGGGCGCCUUCCCAACCAGGAAGCGGAGGCAUGGAAAUGCAGAACGCCUGCUGCUGUGGGAACCAAAGCCCGCGUCCAGCUUGGCUCCGACACCGGAUCUCUCCUCUGGUGCCUGCACCCGCGCGGCGCCUGCCAGCAGCACUCAGCCAGCAGCACCACGGUCCUCACCGUGCCGUGCUGGUGGCAAUUCCUGGGCUUUGUGCCCCAGCACCCAGGGGUGCCCAGCCCUGCCCAGCCCCUGCCACCACAUCCCACCGAGGAUGUUCUGGGCAGGGAGCUGGGCUGGCAGCGGGUUGUGGGAGGAUGAAGGGUGGAGUUUGGUUUAUAUGUGUGUAUAUAUAUGAAUCUACAUAUAUAUAUAUAUAUAUAUAAAAAAAUUAUCCCCUUGCCCCUUGAGAGGGGCAUUGCUGCUGCUGUGCGUGUUGAUCAGGUUGUGCUUCCUGAUUUGCCCACCUUUUCAAAAUUGGCCUAUAAAUCCACCAGUAUAUGUAGUUGAAAGAGAAGCAUAUCUGACUUUCAUAUAUAAUAUAUGUUUAAAAGUUUA